UGCAGCCAAUAUACUGUACAUAAGGGAAUGGUUCUAAACAGCGAGGAAUGCAAUAUAUUUUGCUGCUAGUAUGAAGCCCUUCCAUAUAAUAUAUAAGACCGUUUCGUAACGUAUGCUAAAGAUGGGUUCUUCUGCAAGUGCUAGAAGGAUUCCACCAGUGCAAAAGAUUGCAGAACCUCCAUCUGUCGAAAACUCAAACGCUACCCGAGAAGUAGGAGGCCACAAUGAAGCGGACAGUGGUCCAGUGGAACCGGAAUUAAUAACUGAGCCAUCCAACCCAGUUCCCGCUGACACCCUGGCCGAUAUUUCAGACGUUAUGCUUGUGGACUCUGCAGCUGCAAAGGCAAAACGAAUCGAGGAGUUCAGUGAGGAGAUCAAACAAUGUCUUAUCCCUGUAAAAGAAGGUAUCCAGCACAUCCAGGAAUGUGACAAUUUCCCAUGUGUCUCGUGCAACGGGCACAUGAGGGGUAUCAGCAAAGUUUCAGGGAACAAGAACAUUGACCGCAACGCUGCCGCGGACGGGUUGGCCAUUUACACGGACUACUGCAAAAUGUUUAGCUAUAGAUGGUCAAAGGGGGAAUUGUUACAGCAGAUUGAGAAUGCUGGUGCUGAUGCUGAAGAAUUGACGCCUCAAAAGAAAACAAUAUUUACGUUUUAUAUUGAACUGUUAGUUUCCAGUUGGAACUUCACCGAUAAUUCCGAGUACUUCUGUCUGCAAAUGGAAGAGGACGGGUGCCUGGCGUUGAUAUCGGACUGGUUUUUACAUCUGAUCGAGGGUUCAAAGUCCAGAAAUAAAUGGGUUAAUGAUCUAGUCUUCGAUGCAAUGAACGUAAUUGACAAUUCAUGCAUGAGAGUGCGGGCUUUGGCUCCAAGGCACCACCGAGUCGUACCUGCUCUUCAGAGGUUUAGCGAGUCAACAGGAAGCCUCACCCAGACAAUCGCGUUCAUGACGUUGGCGAAGCUAGUGAAGAAAGAAGAAGCCGACAAGCUAUCCACCAAUACCAAAUGCAUUUUUUUUCUAUUGUCUCUUCUGAGGAAAUGCCUCUCAAAUCGAGACCACAAGUCCUCAAUUAAAAGACAAACAUCUAAGAAGGACAUUGUCACCGUAGUAAGUCUAGAUGCAGAAGAGCUCGUGAAAUCCGUAGAAGAUCUAGCCAUUAAUGAUAACAACAAAAAGCUCAUUGUUACAGAAGGUGGGAUCCCACUCCUUGCGAAAUUGCUCAAACCAAAAUGUACCACCGAAGAGAAGACCUCUGCCGCGAAUACCAUCUGGAGACUGGCAUUCCUCAAGGAAAAUAAAGAAAAAUUUCGCAAAUUCCAGGGUAUCAUAUACAAUCUGACCGAGUAUUCCCAGAGUGAGCACGAAAAACUCCGUACUGCCUGCAUGGGAGCUCUCUUCGAGAUCUACGAAUCCAGACUUCCUGAAAACCUGAAGAGCAAGAAAACCGACGAUGGGUCACCGCAGAGGGCGUCAUCCGACACUGCAAAGUCAACUGGACACAUCAUGCUCAGUUACAAAUGGGAACACCCGUCCAAACCUGUGAUGAGAGAGUUCAAGAAGGAGCUUCGAAAGAGAGGAUACGCUGUAUGGAUGGAUGAGGACCAUAUGAUGGGUGAUAAAAUUGGGGCGAUGGCAGAAGCUGUAGAGAAUGCUGAUAUGAUAAUUGCCUGUAUUACAAGUGGUUACCAAGAUAGUCAAGACUGCAGAACAGAAGCGUCUUAUGCAUACGAAUGCAAGAAGAAGAUAAUUCCAGUGAAAGUUAAGGCCGACUUCAAAGCUUCUGGCUGGCUAGGGGGUAUUACGGCCGGUAAGAUAUACUACAUCGUGCAAAAAGCAGAGCUCGUCUCCGAAGUACUUCCUAGUAUCAUAGAAAAAGAAUUCGCUGUGCAGAAAGAAACAAUCCAGAAGGUGAAUGCUACAACGACAGGGUCACAACUGCCGGAACAGGAACCGAAGUCACCUACAACAGAAUCCCAAGUACCCGGAUGGGAUUCCAAGAGGGUCCAGGAUUGGCUGGCGGUGAACAACGUCACAUCACGUAACAAAGCGCUUAAAUCAAUCAACGGAACUCAGUUGCUGCAGCUCAAGAAACAGCUUACCACCGUACCACAGGCGUUCUAUCAGUCCAUGAAAGAUGAUCUGAAGGUUCCAUACCUUGACGUUCUUUCCCUCGCAGCUGCACUUAAAAACCUUGAAUAGUCACGUGGUGUUUGCGUAACUGCCGAUCACGUGAUAUCACCAUCGGUACCAUCAGCGAGCCCAGUUUACGACAUGGACUUAAAACUCAAGAAACACCUGACCACAAUGGGAAAUAUAAUGUUCCUUACCUUGAAGUUCCUUCUCUUGCAGCUGCUCUUGAAACCCUUGAAUAGUCACGUGGUGUUUGCGUAUUAACAGUCAAUCACGUGAUAUCCCCGACGGUACCAUCAACAUGCCCAUACCGGCAACUCAGGAAACACUAAUGUUCCUUGCAUUGAAGAUCUUUCUCUCGCAGCUGCACUUGAAAGCCUGUAUUAGUCACACAGUAUUUGCGUCACUGCCAUAUCACGUUAUAUUUUCAACGGACCUGUUACUACAACUCAAGAAGCUACUUGUCACAUUGCCAAAAACUUAAUCAGUCAAGA